AUGAUUUCCGCUGCCAGUUCCAGCACGUGGGUUUCGCCGCAGUCACCGGACCGUCGUUCGGAGGAUGGCUGCAGCCCGUCGGCCUCGUUGGUAACGGACUUCGAUGCAAACGCCUUGGAGCUCUUACCAUUACAGUCACCCGAUUGUGGUGUAGCCGAGGGCACGUCCGACAAUACACAUCCAGCCGUGGUGGAUGGCUUGCAGACAGAUACGGGCGACGAUUCAGCCAGACUUAUUCAUGGAAAAGGCCAGGCAAACGAUGUCAAGGAUCGGGGAAAUCUGGAGUCCCCCAGACAUCGAUCAUCAAUUGUAGCUGUACUCCUAACACUAUGGUGGGCCGAGGUUGGCGCUUGUAUUUUGAUGUUGAUAGCUCUCGUCGCGGGCGUGUUCACUCUGUCGAGGCAUGAGGGGAAGCCUUUACCGGCGUGGCCGCUCAAAAUCACCAUCAACGCGCUCUUGUCCAUAUUCGCCUUGAUCCUGCGAGCAGCAGUCAUGUUCAUACUGGCGUCAGGUUUCAGGCAGCUGCAGUGGUCGUGGUUCAGAUCACCACACUCUCUAUACGAUAUGGUACGUUAUGAGGAUGCGGGACGUGGUAUGUGGGGAUCUCUCGGGAUUCUUUGGAAUCAGAAGUUCCGCCAACCGUUAACGGCAAUCGGGGCGAUCAUCGCGACUUUGUCCAUCGCUAUAGACCCGGCGUUUCAGCAAUUGGCUCAGCUCCGAGAUUGCUAUACUGUCCUACGAAGCGAAAACGCUACAUUGCCGCGGACCAACAAUUUUGUUUUCACUGCGAGUGAAGACCAACUCCGCUUUGUCCUAAACGAGGCAACCUUUGGACGCCUCGACGAGCUCACUGGGUCAUGCUCAACUGGAAACUGUACUUUCUCCACUGUGUACAGCUCGGCUGCCUAUUGCAGCUCCUGCACAGACAUUUCCGAAGACAUAACAUUUGAAGAUAAAUGUUUCUUUGGUUUGAAUCACAGCGAGACAGAGAUACCAGCAGAAGGCUGCUCGUCAACGUUUUCUCUUUAUAGAUGGAUUCUUCCAUCGGGGCUGACCGCUACUUCAAACAUAUUCAUGGGGAAUGUCAAACCCCAACCUGGUGACGCCAAGUUUAUCACUGUAUCUUCCAACACGACAACAUCUCUCGACAACGACUUGGGAUUCACAAGAAUGCAGCUACUGCUCGGUGGAAGUAAUUUCCCAAAAGGCUAUGGUGCUGCCCAAUGUACUCUCGAACCUUGCGUGCGGACUUAUAACGCCACUAUCGAGGCAGGACGCGUGUUUGAGCGCGAACUUCUCAGGUCUCCCCCCAAUGCUUGGAGUUGGCCUGUCAAUGAUAGUGCAAAGGGUUGGAAAAAAACUUACUACGAAAAUGUUCUGCCGGGACCCGCUGUUUUUGACAGAGACUGUGUAUCCAAAAAGGAGAGGGCCCUGCUCCAGGAGAUAUCACCCAGCCCCGAGCGAUGGUUAUCGUCGUGGUACGAGCCAGAAGAUUCUCAAUAUUACAAAAAUCCUCAACUUUACGACAAUAUUCCUGUGGAUGAUCUCAUACGACGGCACUGUUUCUACUUGAUAGACCGGAGUUUCGCGCAGAACAAUUUGUCCGAUCUGAUUAAGGAAAACUUUGAAUACUAUUCAGCUGAUUACUGGGAACCCACAGCGAGUAUUAAUAGUUCAGACCCCAUACGGUCUCCCUUGGCACUCCGCACAUUGUAUAACGAGGGUGCCGUAGAUUUCGACCGCAUCCAGGAUUUCUUCGCUAACGUGUCGGACGCCAUAACCUUUUUCAUACGCAGACAAGACUCGACCGAGAAUCCUACCGGACCAGCCACAGGUGACGUGCUACACUACGCAGCAUGCCUCUCCGUGCAGUGGCUGUGGGUCAUCUUACCGAGCGCGAUAAGUGGCGCGACAUUGCUGUUUCUCUGUCUUGUCAUGGUGAAAUCCGGAGCAGAGGAAGCACCUCUCUGGAAGAACUCAUCCUUGGCCUGGAUCCUCCGCGGUCCUUUCAGUAGCCAUGUCAAUGAUCUGGACGCUGCCAGAAAUUCGGAAAAGACUUCGACAUGGAUGGAGAAGACUGCAAAGGAAACACAAGUAGUUCUCGUGACUGAGCCACAGGCGCAAAUCCGCCUCCGUAAGAUCUGA